AUGGCCGAUUUCGCUUCUGGUGUUAUUUCCAAUAUCAGGUUCUUGGUUCCCGCCUUGCUUCUGAUUCUCCUCUGUACCUUGACCGUUAAUUUCAUUUCUCUCACCUCCCAACACGAAAACGUCCCCAACUCCAGUGGAAAUGAGUUCACCACCCACGCACCAGCCCUCAACUCAUCUUCUACCCAACCACAACCCCUCUCAGCCGCAAACCAACUCCAUCAUCCCCCAGAUUUGCUAUCCUCCCAGAGACCCUUAGACGAAAUCGACCCCCCUCGACCCCUCACCCACCAACAGCUAGUCAACCUGGCGACCGGUGGCCCUCGCCGCAAGGAAAUCGAACCAGCAAAGGCCAAAAUCCCACUCAUAACAUACGUCUACACCGAAUCCCCAUCCUCCUACGCCAACCUCAAAUUCUUCCUCCAGCACGGCCUCUACAUUGACGCCCAUUUCAUCUUCGUGCUGAACGGGAAACUGGAUAAGAAAGAUGACCAGAACGCGGGAGGGAAGUACGAUUACGAGACCAUAUGGCCGAAGGACAUAGGUAAUGUGCGCGUGCUGGAGCGCGAGAAAGGGACGUGUUUUGAGCUCGGUACGCAUGCCGAGAUUCUGAACAUGGAAGGAGGGUCGGAACAGCGAGGGAGGACAAGUCUUGAAUCAGGGAAACUAAGGAAACUGGAAUCGAGGGACGAGGCGAAGAAGAGCAAAUUGAUGGAGCGGUAUGAGAGGUUUAUACUGCUGAGUAGUAAGGCGAAGGGACCGUUCGUGCCGAAGUGGAGUAAGGAUUGUUGGAGCGAUGUUUAUCUGGGGAAGGUCAACCACAAAGUUAAACUAGUAGCAGCAACAUCUACCUGUGCUUCUACUAACAAACCACACAUCGAGUCUCUAAUCUGGGCAACCGAUUCCGACGGUCUCGCUGCGCUUCUAGACCCUGAAGCUAUGGGGGAAUGCUUUAAGUCUGAAAAGGAUCAAGAAGCAGCUGAGAUCCGCACUACGGUUUUCUUGCUCGAAGAUAUGAAGUAUGAGGUUGAUGUUAUGUCAGGAGACACCAAAUGCGGUGGUAAGAGAAGAGAAGAGGGGAAGCAGCCUUAUGGGAAUGGGACAGCGAUGGAGAAAGGAAGUGUGCAUCCGUUUGAGACGAUGUUCGUGCGGAGUACCGGUGGGAGUAAAGAGGAGGAUAAGCUGGUGGAGUCUUUAAGUGAGGCGCAGGGUGAGAGGAAGUAUAGCAGUUUCGAUGUUUGUGCAAAGAAAGCAGAACUCGAUAUUCAUUCAGAGCCCACCAGGCACCAGCAGGAAGAAGAAUGA